GGACACCCGGAGAAGAGAGGCCAGGGUGGAGACCCAGCGCCCCCCUCACCCCCCUUCCCCCACGCGCCUCCCCAGGUCCAGGAGCUGCAGAGCCCCCCUCGUGCCAGCCAGGUGGUGAAGGGCUGCGUCAGGGCCUGCCUCAACUCCACCUAUGAGUACAUCUUCAACAAUUGCCACGAGUUGUACAGCCGGGAGUAUCUGGUGGACCCAAACAAGGCGCAGGAGCUGCCCCCCGAGGAGCAGGGCCCCAGCGUCAAGAACCUGGACUUCUGGCCCAAACUCAUCACGCUCAUCGUCUCCAUCGUGGAGGAGGACAAGACCUCCUACGCCCCCGUCCUCAACCAGUUUCCCCAGGAACUGGCGGUGGGCAAGAUCAGCGCGGAAGUCAUGUGGAAUCUCUUCACUCAGGACAUGAAAUACGCCAUGGAAGGUGAGUCCUGGGGCGUCUCCUGGGCCCCUGGCGGCAAGGCCGUG